GAUGAAGUAUUUUUGGUCUCCAGUUUUAUUUGCUUUAGUUCAUGUAACAUGUACUUCUGCUAUUCCGCGACUUUUCGAAGCUGAGAAAUAUGAGAAGGAUCGGCAGUUGGCUGAGACUUACCUGAACCAAUUCUACAAGCUUGAAGAUCACUCAACACAAAUCAUGGGAAAGUCCAAAACCUACAGAGCAUCAGGUUUAUUAUCAGAGAAGAUUAGGAAAAUGCAAGAAUAUUUUGGCCUCAGAGUAACUGGCUCUCUAGAUGCUGAAACUCUGGGAGUCAUGGAAAAGCCUCGAUGUGGAGUUCCUGACGUUGCUGAAUAUAAUCACUUCCCAAGAAAACUGAAAUGGAAACAGAAUAAGUUAACAUACAGAAUUCUAAACUAUACGCCGGAUCUUUCACAUGAUGAGGUGCACCUGGCAAUAGAGAAAGCUUUGAAGGUUUGGAGUGACGUCACGCCUUUGGAAUUCAGCAGAAUUAAUGAGGGACAAGCUGAUAUCAUGAUCACAUUUGGGGCUAGAGAACAUGGAGACAAUUAUCCAUUUGAUGGACCAAAUAGCAUACUGGCCCAUGCUUUUCCUCCAGGUGAAGGUAUUGGAGGGGACGCUCACUUUGAUGAAGAUGAAGAAUGGACAAUGGGAUCAAAUGGGUACAAUCUUUUUAUUGUGGCUGCCCAUGAAUUUGGCCAUGCAUUGGGACUGGCUCACUCUCAAGAUCCCGGUGCAUUGAUGUACCCAAUGUACGUAUACACAUCGAUGAAACGGUUCCGUCUCGCACGUGAUGACGUUAAUGGAAUCCAAGCUCUAUAUGGUUCAUCAAAUGAGGUGCAUCCACCACCAGCAGAAACGCCUGAUGUCUGUGAUCCUUACUUGUAUUUUGAUGCUGUUGCUGGUCUUCGUGGAGAAACAUUAUAUUUUAAGGACCGGUUUUUCUGGAGGAGAUAUCCACAUCAAUCUACUAGUGAGCUUGUUUUAAUUAAAUCAUUUUGGCCAAAGCUUCCUGCCAGGAUUCAUGCUGCGUACGAAAAUCAGAAAAAUGGUUUACUCAUUGUUAUUAAAGGAAUGAAAUACUGGGCCAUCGACGGCUACAACAUCAUGCCGGGAUAUCCAAAGUCCAUCUACAAAUUUGGUAUUCCAAAAUACAUCAGGAAAAUAGAUGCCACUGUUCAUAUUGAGAAGACUUCAAAGACAUUAUUCUUUGCAAGAGGCCAGUACUGGAGCUAUGAUGAAGUGAAACAGAGGAUGGAUGAAGGUUACCCACGACGGAUGGUGGAUGACUGGCCAGGAGUCCCUUCCAAGCUGGAUGCAGCAGUUGAACAUAAUGGAUAUAUUUACUUCUUCUCUAAAUCAUCUCAGUUCAUCUUCAACCCAAGUGAGCAACGUGUCUUUGCAAUACAAAGAAUCAAUUCACUGUUGGGAUGUAAACAUAUCAAGCAGUUCUUCACGUUAGGAGAUGGUUCUGAAGGUCUCAUUCAAAAUGAGGACUCCCUUUCAAACAAGAUUAAAGAGGAUCAGGAAUUCUAUGGACGGCAGGUAACAGGAAACCUGGAUCCCGGAACUAUGGAAGUAAUGACAGGUCCUCCAUGUGGAUUUCUUGAUCCUGCUCCAUAUAGACUCUAUCCCGGAAAACCUCGAUGGACUAAAUCAUUUGUAACAUACAGUGUGGCGAACUACGCACCUCAACUAAGCUACUUUGAAACAGAACUUGCCAUAUGGAAGGCUGUGAAUCUUUGGCAAAAAGUAAUCCCACUGACUCUUGUCAGAGUCUAUAAUAUUGAAGCUGAUAUCAUGAUUUCAUUUGAACCACGUGUUCACGGUGAUAAUUUUCCAUUUGAUGGGCGUGGAGGUACUUUGGCUCAUGCAUUUUCACCUGGACAAGGAAUUGGCGGGAAUAUACAUUUUGAUCAGGAGGAACAUUGGACACUGAGGCGUAAUGGAGUCAACUUUUUUCAUGUGGCAACCCAUGAAUUUGGUCAUGCUUUGGGUCUUGCUCAUUCCAAUUAUCGAUCGUCUGUGAUGUAUCCGACAUAUUCUAAAAGACAUUCAAACUUAUUCUCUCUUUCAAUUGAUGAUGUUAGAGGAAUACAACAUCUGUAUGGAACCAUACAAAUGUUGAAGCAAGAAUCUGCACUGCAACUAAUGCCAGAUAAAUGUGAUCCCUCGAUGUCAUUUGAUGCUGUUACCAAGGCCAAUGGAGACAUCUUUCUCUUCAAAAAUGAAUACCUUUGGCGAAAAGCUCAAAACGCAGCAGAUGCCAAGAUUAGCUCCAUUCAAGAUGUCUGGUCAGACCUCCCAUCAAAUAUUAAUGCAGCUUGUGAAAUUCCUGGAGAAGACAUUAUUUAUUUUUUCAAAGGAUCAAAAUUGUGGACCUACACAAAUAACAAACUCAAUCGCAGAUCAUCACAGUCUAUUUACUUGUUUGGAUUUCCAACGUAUGUGAAAAAAAUUGAUGCAGCAGUAUUUAUACCUCAAACAAGGAAAAUCAUCUUCUUUGUAGGGAAAAUGUUUUGGAGUUAUAAUGCAAAAAUAAAGUCUAUGGAUUAUGGUUAUCCAAAAUGGACAAGUAGUAGGUGGUCUGGAAUCAAUGACAAGAUUGAUGCAGCCUAUCAAAAUAACGGAUUGGUGUACUUCUUCAGUGGGACACGGCUGCAUGAGUAUAAUUACUGGAGGAAAGAAAUUGUGCGCACUCUAAGUUCCAGUCAAUGGCUGGGAUGCCAAGUGUCUGAAUAAAACCCCACAAUGUAAUGCUGAUUUCCAUCUAUCUUUAAAAUUUCUGUGAUAACAAUGUUCUUAAAAAAAAGAAAGACUACAUGGUGUAUUAAAUGUUAUUUGAAUGACAUGCGUUUCUU